AUGUCGAACUCGAACCCAAUCACUCUGCAGAACAUCCAGGACUACGCAAAGAAAUAUUUCCCCAAAGAAUUCGCCAAGCUACCGUCAGUCGCAGGGCUUCCGUGGGAAUCAGCCUCGCCAUAUCGAACAAAAGCGCAAUUAGGCCUCAAGAUGGCUCCGUUCAGGCUCCGUUCAGGCUACGUAUCGGCACAAACAAAUCGGGCGAAGCAGUAUGGGCUUACCAGAGUCUUGACCGUUUUAACGACGUCUACCAACUAUGCGGUCUGGAACAAAAGUGGCUACGAGUUGCGUGCUCUGAUUCAAUACUAUUUCAUGUUGAAGGGUGCCAUACCAGAAUUCGAAUAUUUCUGGGCUCUGGGUAGUUUCGAAUGGGCAGUCAAGUCUGUCGCAAAUGGAGCGCCGCUCAACGACAUUUCAGUCGACCAGUUUGGUCAUGAUGCAGCAGAACGACUGCUCUCUGUUCGAUCCACGGUUCUCUAUGGACAGCAGACACCAGCUACAACACCAAAUAAGAUCAAUCAACGAGGCCAAGAUACUGUGCCCAAAGAAGAGCAGAAGCGCGCUGCCGAGAUUCACAGUAUCAAUAGGAUUGAAGAAAAGAAUCAGAUGAAGCAAUUCUUCAAGGAGCAGAGCGCUGUCCAAAAGAACGUCGACGAGUUUCUGGCCCUCACAUCAGUCGAGAAAAAGGCGCAUGUAGCAAGAAUUCGCCAACUCGAAGCUCAACUUUCUGAAGAACGAGUGGCGCGUAUCGACGCUAAUCGAACUAGAAUAGCUCUUCAUGAUCGAAACAAGCUCCUGCAAGGACAACUCGACAAGACUUGUAUUGAGAUUGCAAAAGAGAGAGAAAAGCUGAAGAAUGAGAUCAGUGAUACCCGCCUAUCGAAACAGAGAAUACGAGCAGAACUGAACAGACAGAUAGAGUCGGAGAAAAAGCGAAAGGAAGAUUGCGCUAGCACGGAAGCCAAGUUGCAGAAAGCACGAGCUUUUUACACGAACCAAAAAGAGCUGCUCGAGAUACAGGUCGCAGACUGUACAGAUGAAAAGAAAAAGGCGAUUAUGAAAGCAUUCGAGCAAGAUUAUGGAGAGCUAGGCGUGGAAUGA